AUGAAAAAUAAAAUUAUUAUAGAUCCCGAACGUAUUUUGAUUGCUCCGUUCACUGACGUCGACUGUGAAAAUAAGAAACUAAAUCCUAUCAAAGACUAUCAGAAUAAUCGCUUUAUAACAUUGAAAGAAGCUGUUGAACCCUUAAGAAAAAUUAUUCCUCACCUGAAUCAAUACAUACAAGAGGCCAAAAGAAAUUUCAAUAUCAAUUCUUCAGACAGUCUUACUAUUGAUGAAUCAGCAGCUUUGUAUUUGUACACUAUGGAUUCAGGCGAUCGAAUUUUAAGUCGUCUGUUCAAUCAAGCAUUACGAUGUAAAUACCAAACUGAUCUCAAAACAUAUUGGUUUAAGUACCUCGAACUAAUCUACUCAGCUCUUAGCAAAUUAUCUUCUGUAAGUGGAUAUGUUUAUCAAGGUAUACCUACUGAAAUUAAAGAAAACUAUUCGAAGAACAAAAUAAUUACAUGGUGGGGUAUCAUCUCAUGCACACCAAUACCAGAUAAUAUCGUUGUAUCACUAUUAGGAAAAAAUUCUACUCUAUUGAAUAUUCUAGUUCUUAAUGGCAAAGAUAUAUCGGCAUAUUCAUGUAAUAAAAAUAGAAACGAAAUCGUCAUUUUACCAGGUACUCGUCUACAUGUGAAUGAUGUAUCUUACAACAAUAAUCUUGGAAUUAAUGAAAUUGAUUUGGAAGAAAUAGCUGACGAUGUGUUGGAAUUAGAUCCUGUUGAACACGAAACUGCACUGUGUACUUCAAAAGAUGAACCUUUCAGUAAGUAUAAGACUUGA